GGAAAGGUGUGUCCAGCUUGAAAGAUGGCAGAGUCAACAAUUGUGAGGAAUGAUUCUGGUAUUGCUAACGAGGUUCUGAGGAGAAACGUCCCCUUAGUGGUAGAUAGCUGCCAUCCAAACUGUGUCCAGUUAGCUGAUAAACUUUAUUCCAAAAGAAUCAUACCAGAUGAGACCUGGAGAAAAGCAAAGGACACCAUGACUGGCCACACAAUUGAUCAAAGGAUCAGUGAUAUGAUUUCUGUUGUAAGGGACUCUAUUAGAACGGAUGGAUCAAUGUUCAGGACUUUUACUGAUAUAUUAAGAACAGAAGAUACGUUACCACACAAUAAAUUAGCUGAUGUUCUGGAUAAGGAAUAUGAUUGCUUAGUUGAAGAGGGAGUAUCAUAUGAUAGUACAACCGGUGAGACUAUCACGGAAUUAGCAGUUUCUAAAGAGACGUCAGCCAUAGAGCCACAGAAUUCUAUUGUCAUAAAUGUUCCUGACAGUUAUCGCAUAAUGGAACUCAAGGAGGAACUGGAAGAGUUAAAAUCUGAUUUAAAAGCCGAGUUAAAAAAGAUUGGAAAUAUUUUUGAAGACAUUGAUCUUGAUGAAGUAGAAGAAGGGGUUAAAGAAAUUGGAAACGAAUUGGCUGAAAAAGCUCUCAAGUGGAUGGAUACUAAAUUAGAUUCGCUGUUCAGUUGAAAACUUAAAGCAUAAACAAAACAUGAACACAAUAAUUUAUUCCCUAAAUUCAGAAAAUAGAACAUAAUUAUUCUUGAUAUCAUUUCUGGUCAUUACUCAGCUAUA